AUGAUGUCGAGGAACGUCUUGCGCCAGUCUGGCCGCAUUGCCGGUGCGAUUGCAGCAUCUGGAAGAGUAGCUGCGUCUCGUGCCGUCACGCCCGCACCUUUCAAUACCAUCUCGAAACAGGUUCGAACAUACGCCGCCGAUGCCAAAGCCUCCCCCACCGAAGUCUCCUCUAUCCUAGAGCAAAGAAUCCGUGGUGUGCAAGAGGAGGCAGGUCUCACCGAGACCGGCCGCGUCUUGUCCGUCGGUGACGGUAUCGCCCGUGUCCAUGGUCUGGCCAACGUCCAGGCCGAAGAACUGGUUGAAUUUGCUUCCGGUGUCAAGGGCAUGUGCAUGAACUUGGAAGCUGGCCAAGUCGGUAUCGUGCUUUUCGGUUCUGAUCGUCUCGUCAAGGAAGGCGAAACUGUCAAGCGUACCGGCCAGAUUGUUGAUGUUCCUGUCGGCGAGGCUAUCCUUGGCCGUGUCGUUGAUGCCCUCGGUAACCCCAUUGAUGGCAAGGGCCCAAUCAAGACCACCGAGAGACGCCGUGCUCAACUGAAGGCCCCUGGUAUCCUUCCCCGACACUCUGUCAACCAACCGGUCCAGACCGGCCUCAAGUCCGUCGACGCCAUGGUGCCGAUCGGUCGUGGCCAGCGUGAAUUGAUCAUUGGUGACCGUCAAACCGGAAAGACUGCCGUCGCCCUGGACGCCAUGCUGAACCAAAAGAGAUGGAACAACUCGAACGAUGAGACCAAGAAACUCUACUGUGUCUACGUGGCCAUCGGCCAGAAGCGAUCUACCGUCGCUCAGCUCGUCAAGACCCUGGAGGAGAACGACGCCAUGAAAUACUCCAUUGUCGUCGCUGCCACCGCAUCUGAGGCUGCUCCUUUGCAAUACCUUGCUCCUUUCGCCGGUUGUGCGAUGGGAGAAUACUUCCGCGACAACGGCAAGCACGCUCUUAUCGUGUUUGACGAUCUUACCAAGCAGGCCGUGGCCUACCGACAAAUGUCUCUGUUGCUCCGUCGUCCUCCUGGGCGUGAGGCCUACCCCGGUGAUGUCUUCUACCUCCACUCCCGAUUGUUGGAGCGAGCUGCCAAGAUGAGCGACAAGCACGGCGGUGGCUCCUUGACUGCUCUUCCAGUUAUUGAGACCCAAGGUGGUGAUGUGUCUGCGUACAUUCCUACCAACGUCAUUUCCAUCACCGACGGUCAGAUUUUCUUGGAAGCGGAAUUGUUCUACAAGGGUAUUCGUCCAGCCAUCAACGUCGGUCUUUCCGUCUCGCGUGUCGGUUCGGCCGCUCAGCUCAAGGCCAUGAAACAAGUCGCUGGUUCUCUGAAACUCUUCUUGGCCCAAUACCGAGAAGUCGCCGCUUUCGCUCAGUUCGGUUCCGAUCUUGACGCCGCCACCAAACAGACCCUCAACCGUGGUGAACGUUUGACCGAACUGUUGAAGCAGAAGCAAUAUUCCCCUAUGGCCGUCAACGAAAUGGUCCCUCUCAUCUACGCCGGUGUCAACGGUCACUUGGACAGCGUCCCAGUGGCCAAGAUCCUGCAAUGGGAGGCUGACUUCCUCGCACACUUGAGGAGCGACCAAGCCGAGCUCUUGGCCCGAAUCGACAAGGAGGGACAAUUGAGCAAGGACCUCGAGCAGCAACUGAAGGAUGUUGUGGUCAGCUUUACCAAGAGCUUCACAUAG